AUGGCGAGUCGGACCUCUGAACUUGUGGGUCGGGUCGACCCGGCUCAGAGUUUUGAUACUGAUGCUCUGCUCCGAUACGCUUCGGCUAAUGUUGAGGGGUUCCCUCAAGCACCUACUCAAGUCACCGUUUCUCAGUUUGGGCAUGGUCAGUCAAAUCCGACAUUUCUCAUGGAAGUCCAUUCAGGAUCUUCUGUGAAGCGGUAUGUGAUGAGAAAGAAACCUCCUGGAAAAUUGCUCGAAUCUGCUCAUGCCAUUGAGAGAGAAUUUCAGGUUCUACAUGCAUUGGGAACUCAUACGUUGGUUCCGGUUCCGAAAGUUUUCUGUUUAUGUAUAGAUUCAAAUGUGAUUGGAACUCCAUUUUACUUCAUGGAGUACCUGGAAGGACGCAUAUAUAUAGACCCAAAGCUCCCGGGUGUAGCACCGAAGCAAAGAAGAGCAAUAUAUCAUGCAACUGCCAAGGCUUUAGCAUCUCUUCAUUCUGCUGAUGUUGAUGCAAUUUCUCUAGGCAAUUUUGGGAAACAAAAAAACUACUGUAAGCGUCAGGUGGAGAGAUGGGCCAAACAAUACCUUGUUUCUACUGGUGAGGGUAAGUCUAACAGAAAUCCAAGAAUGUUAGAACUGAUUGACUGGUUGCGUCAACACAUUCCUCUUGAAGAUUCUUCUGGAGCAACAGCAGGUCUAGUCCAUGGUGACUUUCGGAUUGAUAAUGUUGUAUUUCAUCCCAUUGAGGAUAGAUUAAUUGGCAUUCUUGAUUGGGAAUUAUCAACUCUAGGAAAUCAGAUGUGUGAUGUUGCGCAUAGUUGCCUGCAUUACAUUGUGGAUUUUGCUUUGGACGAAGUACAAGAGAAUGGAGGUCUUGAAUCGACUGGGAUUCCCGAUGGAGUUCCUUCACUAGCUGAAUAUCUGGCAUAUUACUGUUCUGCAGCUGGAAAGCCUUGGCCUGUCGUUCAGUGGAAGUUUUAUAUUACAUUUUCUCUGUUUCGUGGGGCAUCGAUUUUUGCUGGAGUACAUUGUAGAUGGAUCAUGGGUAAUGCUUCAGGAGGACACCGUGCCCGCCAUGCUGGAAAGAAGGCUGAUGCUAUUAUAGAAACUGCAUGGGCAUUUAUUCAAAGGAAGUCUGUUCUUCCCGAGCAUCCACCAUCAGACUCAAUUGCUCGAGAGCAUAUGCGACAAAGUGGAAAGGAAUUAAGAGAUCACACCUCUUCAAGUGGAGGCAAAUCAGUUCCAAGUCUGCAGGUUCAACGUUUAAGAAACAGAUUGAUUAAGUUUAUGGAGGAUCACAUAUAUCCAGUGGAAAAUGAGUUUUAUGAACUUGCCCAAUCUACGGAGCGGUGGACAGUUCAUCCUAAAGAAGAGAAGUUAAAGAAACUAGCAAAAAGAGAAGGCCUGUGGAACCUGUGGAUACCUUUCGAUAGUGCUGCUAGGGUUAAGAAAGUCAUUUCUGGUGGGACCGUUAACAAGGCAUUUGACGGAUUACUGGGAGCUGGUCUCUCAAACCUUGAGUAUGGAUACCUCUGUGAGAUCAUGGGCCGUUCUGUAUGGGCCCCGCAGGUGUUCAACUGUGGAGCACCAGAUACCGGAAAUAUGGAGGUAUUGAUGCGCUAUGGAAAUGAACAACAACUGCAUCAAUGGCUAGUUCCCUUGCUUGAAGGAAAUAUCCGUUCUGGAUUUGCAAUGACAGAACCACAAGUUGCAUCUUCUGAUGCUACCAAUACAGAGUGUUCUAUCAAAAGGCAGGGAGAUUCAUAUAUCAUCAAUGGAAGGAAGUGGUGGACCAGUGGAGCCAUGGAUCCUAGGUGCAAGAUCCUCAUUGUCAUGGGGAAAACAGACUUCAAUGCCCCCAAACACAAGCAGCAAUCCAUGAUCUUGGUAGAUAUUAAUACUCCUGGUGUGAAUGUAAAGCGACCUCUGAUGGUGUUUGGGUUUGAUGAUGCACCUCAUGGGCAUGCUGAAAUAUCAUUUGAGAAUGUUCAUGUCCCUGCCAAGAAUAUUCUGCUCGGAGAGGGGCUUGGAUUCGAAAUUGCACAGGGUAGGUUGGGCCCUGGAAGGUUGCACCAUUGCAUUAGACUAAUAGGUGCUGCCGAACGUGGCAUGCAGAUGAUGGUUCAAAGGGCUUUAAGCAGAAAAGCUUUUGAAAAGUUUAUUGCCGAGCAUGGGUCAUUCCUUUCAGAUGUUGCUAAGUGUCGGAUAGAACUGGAGAAAACCCGAUUAUUAGUUCUAGAAGCUGCAGAUCAGCUCGAUCAACUAGGAAACAAAAAGGCCCGUGGGAUGAUUGCAAUGGCCAAGGUUGCAGCUCCAAAUAUGGCAUUGAAGGUGCUCGACAUGGCAAUGCAAGUGCACGGUGCAGCCGGAUUGUCCGGCGACACUGUUCUCGCUCAUCUUUGGGCUACAGCUAGAACAUUGAGGAUUGCAGAUGGUCCUGAUGAAGUCCACUUAGGGACAAUAGCAAAAUUAGAACUACGGAGAGCUAAGCUUUGA